AAAUUCUCACAUGUAUAUAUAUUAUCUCUUGGCUUUCAAGCCAAGAGGAGAUGAUGGUUACUUGCCUGGCAUGCAAAGCUAACAAGUUCUUUUGCUCAAUCCAAUUUCCACCACCAGCGAACACUGUUUCAAUCUGAAGCUAUAUUCUAUGCUUCAUCUUUAUGCAGAAGUCUUUCUUUGAUUUCAUUGAAGAUCCUCUUCAAUCUUUGUAGUGCAAUUUUCUCUUGGCUUUUUAAGUCUUUAUGCUCCCAAGUUCAGGUACACUUUCUCAAAUUUGGAUUACAAGAACAAGAAGAAAAAGUUAUGGCCUCCCUUACACCAGGAGUACUACUAAAGCUUCUUCAGAGCAUGAACUCGAACAUAAAGGUUCGUGGAGAAUAUCGGUCAGUCUUGCUACAAGUGAUUAGCAUUGUCCCUGCAUUGAGUGGCUCAGAACUUUGGCCUAAUCAAGGCUUCUUUGUAAAAGUCUCGGAUUCUUCGCAUUCAACUUAUGUCUCCCUCUCAAAGGAGGACAGUGAGCUUAUAUUGAACAAUAAGUUGCAGCUUGGCCAGUUCUUCUAUGUUGAUAGAGUGGAGGCAGGAACACCAGUUCCCAUUCUUGAAGGGGUCAGGCCAGUUCCCGGACGACACCCUUUUGUGGGGAACCCAAAGGAUUUGAUGCAAAUGGUGGAGCCAUCAGAGGGUCCAGUCCAAGCUGAUGAUCAUGCAGGAAGCAAUAGUUUGAAAUCAAGGGAGUCCUCCAAUGCUAAAGAAGAAACCUCGAGACAAAAGAUUGUUAUUAAAGAGGAAAAGGCAGCUGUUGCAUCUAGGUAUAUGCAAGGUUUUUCGACAUUAAAUUCAAAAGCUAACUCACAAGAUUCUAGUGGAGGUGGGAAGCACAAUGAUAAUGAGAGUGGUGGUAAGAAGCAGGUUGGCAUGAUAAAAGGCAAACAGCAAGAGCUUAAUGGUCAGGCACGCUCGAUAACUCCUUCCCACAGCAGAGCUGGUGCACUUUCAUUAAAGCCAGAAGCAGCUGUAUCGAACACCAAGGAGACUGCUGUGCCUUCUAAGAGAACUUCUGCAAAACGUGCUUCAAUCAUACAGGAAAACAUAAAUCUGAACUGUUUGUCAGUCCGGAAAGAGAAAAGUCUUCCACCAGAAGUAGCUUUGUGGGGUUCUCUGCCAGCUAACUUAUUGAAGCCUGGAAAGGGAAUGCUUAGAAGGCGAAAUAUAGCUUCUUUGGUUGCAGCAGAAGCUCAGAAAGAAGCAUCUAGAGCUGCAACUCUUGUCAAAUGUCUCAGUACGUUUGCCGAUCUAUGCUCAUCUGCCUCACCAGACAAUCCCCACCUCUCACUCACCAAGUUUUUCAGACUCCACCAACUCAUUGACCAACCAAAUAUUGCAGCUCCCUUAAAGGAUAAAUUAACUCCUUUAACUACAAAACAACUGCCUCCAGAUAUCGAAAAGUUGAGCAAAAGGACGGGCACAAUUCAUGGUCAAAGUGCAUUGAAGUCUCCAAAACUCCCCAUCGUGUUAAGUGAAGCAGAGAAACUAGAAUGGGCUAAAGGAGACAGUGCAAAAGGGAUUGCAGAACUACGAGAACUUCUCUUAGAUGAAACAAGGUCUUGGUUCUUGAAAUUCUUGGAGGCAGCACUAGAUGCUGGUGGCUUUCAUCUGAAUACACAAGAGAAGAAAGGCAAGGACAGUGCAGCGCGACGGAGUGAGCCAGACAACCAUAUUGCUGUGACAUUAUCACAGCUGAAAAGUUCAAAUGAGUGGUUGGAUAAACUGAAAACUAGUCUAAGCUCAGAGAGCAGUGAAUUGGUGGAGACUGUUGACAGAUUGAAACAAAAAGUAUAUGCUUGUUUACUUGUUCAUGUGGAGUCUGCUGCUUCAGCUCUCGAAAAUAGAUAAGAUCACGGUUAAUUGAACAAAAAGGAUGGUUUUCGAGUUUUGAUUGGCCUCUGAUUUAUAUGAAUAAGUUAUUACAGUUAAGCUGAAGUGGAUUCUCAACCAAGAGCCAAGUCUUGUAACUUGUGGUAAUAAAACUAUUUAUGGAAAUUGAAUCUGUAUAAAAUAAGAAGAACAAUUGAAUGUCUGUACUCUGUACCAAUAAGAUGGUGAGGUAUUCUACACAAUCUUUGACUGA